ACUCCCACCUCCAGAGUCCAAGGGUCCAUGUGGUGGAGCAGGUUGAGCUGUGUUAGGUACUACAGAGGGACAGCUGGUGGGUGGGCAGCAUGGGCUUUGAGGAGCUGCUGUACCAGGUGGGUGGCUUCGGGCCCUUCCAACUGCGGAAUCUGGUCCUACUGGCUCUUCCCCGACUGCUGCUGCCCAUGCAUUUCCUCCUGCCCAUUUUUCUGGCUGUCGUGCCUGCCCACCACUGUGCCCUGCCUGGCACCCCUGCCAAUUUCAGCCACCAGGAUGAGUGGCUGGAGGCCCACCUUCCCCGGGAGCCUGAUGGCACCUUUAGCUCCUGCCUCCGCUUUGCUCACCCUGGGGCUCUCCCCAACACCACCGUGGGGAGAGAGGCACAGAACCCUGGGGAGUUGAAAUCGAAAGGCGAAACCACUACAGUGCCCUGCUCCCAGGGCUGGGAAUACGACCGCUCUGAAUUCUCCUCCACCAUUGCAACUGAGUGGGAUCUGGUGUGGGAGCAGAAAGGCCUGAACAGAAUUACAUCCACUUUCUUCUUUGCUGGUGUGCUGGUGGGGGCUGUGCUCUUCGGAUAUCUGUCUGACAGGUUCGGACGACGCCGGCUACUUCUGGUGGCCUAUGUGAGCUCACUGGUGCUGGGCCUGGCGUCUGCAGCCUCGGUCAACUAUGUCAUGUUUGCCAUCACCUGCACCCUUAUGGGCUUAGCCUUGUCCGGUUUCACCAUCAUUGUGAUGCCACUGGAGUUGGAAUGGCUGGAUGUGGAGCACCGCACGGUGGCUGGUGUCCUGAGCACCAUGUCCUGGACAGGAGGUGUGAUGUUGCUGGCACUGGUUGGAUACCUGAUACGGGACUGGCGAUGGCUUUUGCUGUCUGUCACCCUGCCUUGUGUCCCAGGCAUCCUCAGCCUCUGGUGGGUACCUGAAUCUGCACGCUGGCUUCUGACCCAGGGCCGUGUGAAGGAGGCCCAAAUGUACUUGUUCCGCUGUGCCAGGCUCAAUGGGCGGCCCUUGGGUGAGAACAGCCUCAGUCAGGAGGCCCUAAACAAAGUGGCUGCUGGUGAACAGGUGGUCCAAAGGCCCUCAUACCUAGACCUGUUCCGAACACCACAGCUCCGAAACAUCUCACUGAGCUGCAUGGUGGUGUGGUUUGGAGUGAACUUCUCCUAUUAUGGCCUGACCCUGGACUUGUCCGGGCUGGGGCUGAACGUGUACCAGACGCAGCUGCUGUUUGGGGCUGUGGAGCUGCCUUCCAAGCUCUUGGUCUACCUGUCGGUGCGCCACACCGGACGCCGCCUCACGCAGGCGGGAAUGCUGCUGGGCAGGGCCCUGACCUUCGCCAUCAGACUGCUGGUGUCCACCGAGACCAGGUCCUGGACCACCGCCCUGGCGGUGAUAGGGAAAGGUUUUUCUGAAGCUGCCUUCACCACUGCCUACCUCUUCACUUCAGAGUUGUACCCUACUGUGCUUAGACAGACAGGGAUGGGGAUGACUGCCCUGGUAGGCCGGCUGGGAGGCUCUUUGGCCCCACUGGCAGCCUUGCUGGAUGGAGUGUGGCUGUUGCUGCCCAUGCUUGCUUAUGGGGGGGUCGCCAUUCUGGCUGCCUGCACCGCCCUCCUGCUGCCAGAGACAAGGAAGGCCAAGCUUCCAGAGACAAUCCAGGAUGUGGAAAGAAAAAGUCUUCAGGAAGAAGAGAUGCAGAUCCAGAACUGAGUGGAACUGGGGACAGCCCUCCACAGAAGCUCUGUGGCAGGAGUUGAGAGCGCAGAGGGCAGACUCUAGUGGCGG